UGUAUAGUUCUUGAGGUGAAUAGUUGAAGUUUUACGUAUAGCGAUAAAAUUCAGGUUCAUGAUAAUGCAACACAAAUAUAUUGGUAUUAUCUAAUCACUAUGUUUGUUUGGGCAAAAAAAUGUUUUCAAGAUGAGUGGAUUUCUAACUAGAGGAUUACUGUCCACGUACCACAUAUCCAAAGAUCCUGUCAUACGAUGGCUUAGUCUACUGAGAACCCUUCAACACUAUUCAUCUCAGUCAAAUAUUGUCACACCAUGUCAACAUCACAGCAGGCAACUACAUGUGGGUAGUGUAAAGCUGAAGACCUUUAAGAAACAACAAAAUGAAUGGAAGAAAGUGGACAAGAAAGUUAAAUGGGCAUACCUUAAACCUCACAUGACAGUCACAGAGGUGGCAAGGAGACUGAGUGUUCCACUGGAUGAUGUUCUGGAAAGCUUACAGGUGAUUACAGAGGAGAAAUAUGACCCAGAACAAGAAGUGAAAGAUGCAGAUACGUUAGAAAAAGUUGGUUUGAUGUUAAAGCGAAGGUUCAAGAUUGUCACUGACAAAAAAUCUAGUCCAGAUAAACAAGCAGAACAAGUUGAAGAUAAAGUUAUAAAGAAGCCAUUGGAAAAGGAUAUAGAGAAACAAGGACCACCUGACCCUGAUAAAUUAGUGUAUCGUCCGCCGGUUGUAACCAUUAUGGGACAUGUAGAUCAUGGCAAGACAACAUUGUUGGAUGCAUUAAGAGAGUCAAGUGUUGUAGACCAGGAGUUCGGAGGCAUCACACAACAUAUAGGAGCAUUCAAUGUGAAACUACCAAGUGGACAUUCAAUCACCUUUCUCGACACACCUGGUCAUGCUGCAUUCUCGGCGAUGCGUGCACGUGGAGCGUCAGUCACAGAUAUAAUUGUUCUUGUAAUAGCUGCAGAAGAUGGUAUUAUGCCACAAACGAUAGAAUCUAUCAAACUAGCUCAGGCCGAAAAUGUACCCUUAAUUGUUGCCAUAAACAAGAUAGACAAGUAUGAAGCCAAUAUUAACAAGACAAAGAACAUGUUAGCACAGUAUGGAGUUGUUGUAGAAGAGUAUGGUGGAGAUGUACAGGCAGUUCCCAUCUCUGCUCUUAAGAAAACUAAUCUAGAUAAACUUGAAGAAUCCAUCACAACUCUCGCUGAACUUUUAGAGCUGAAAGGUGACCAAGUUGGAAUGGUUGAGGGAUAUAUUGUAGAAACUCGAACUGACAUAGGGCGAGGGAAAAUGGCAACAAUUUUAGUUCAGAGGGGCAGUCUUAAAAAAGGUGAUAUUCUGAUAGCUGGAACUACAUGGACUAAGGUACGCAAUAUGUAUGACAGCAAUGGGAAAAUUAUAGAGCUAGCCACACCAUCCAUGCCUGUGGAGAUUGGUGGAUGGAAAGAGCUUCCACUUAUAGGAGAUGAGGUCCUUCAGGUUGACACAGAGAAAAGACUUAAAAAAGCUAUAGAAUAUAGAGUAGAGAAGAAAUUGGCAGAAAAAGAAGAACAGGACUUUAAUGCAAUAGAAGAGAAGCGUAGAGAAGAAAGGGAGACAUAUGUCAAAAAGAGAGCAGAAAAAUUUGAAUAUAUGAAAAGUCGUGGUUUUAGGAGACCAGCUUUUGCCAGUUUAACGUCGGUAGAACGAUUGAUGAAUGAUGGUGCCCUAAUAGAAAAUCCAGAAAAAAUAUCAGCUAUACCUACAUUCUACCUUAUCAUAAAAGGUGAUGUAGCUGGGUCAGUUGAAGCCAUUUUAGAUACACUAGCAACAUUUAAGUCUGAGGUUUGCAACAUAGACAUUCUACACAGUGGAGUUGGUAAUGUUACCCCAUACGAUCUGGAACUGGCAGAAUUAUUUGAAGGUGUUAUUUAUGCAUUCAAUGUCUCAACUGAAUCCCAACAGACAGAACAUCAGAAAGUAGAAAUUAAAAGUCAUAAUGUAAUAUAUCAUCUCUUUGAUGACCUUAUACAGAUGAUUAAUGAUAGAUUACCAGAUGUAACAGAGGAAGAGGUCAUUGGUGAAGCUAAAAUCUUACAGGAGUAUGUGUACACAGAGAAAAAGAAAGAUAAAAAGAAACAAAUUGCUGUAGCUGGUUGUCGAUGUUUAUCAGGAAGUCUGGAAAAGAAACAUUUGUUUAAAGUUGUCCGCAAUGAUGAUAUCAUAUAUGAUGGUAAAUUAUCAUCUUUGAAACACCAUAAAGAAGAAGUCAGUUCUAUAGAGACCAAUCAGGAGUGUGGGAUAUGUUUUAAUGGUGAAACUGUUGUAAGCUUCAAGGCUGGUGAUACUGUGAUCUGCUAUAAAAAUGUACAAAAAACACAGACUUUAGACUGGGAACCUGGCUAUCUACAUAAUGUUUCACAGAAACUUUAUUAAUAUGGUAUGAUAUUGGUAGACAAAAUACAACUGGAACUUGAUUAUCUUUCCAUCAUCAAAGCCAGAAGGACAUCACAAAACUUCACGAAUUCUCACUGUAUUAAAACUGGAUUUGUUAGAUUAUUGUAUUAAAUUUAAAUGCACUGAUAUACUUUGAUAUGGAUCCUUUCUUCUUUUCAGUUUGUUUUCAGCUUACUACAGACUGACAUUUCCAGUCCCAGAACAGUAUACUAGCAUGAGGUUCUUUCACUAGUUGUAGGUACAGAUGGGUACAUCUACCCCUAGGGUAAUUGUUUUAAUGGUGGCCAGACUUUGCCAAAUUACUGCUUUUCAAAUCUCAACAUACAACCAGUGAUAGAUUCUUUUUCUUGCAUAUUUAACUACACAAAUAACAGACAAAAAACUCCAAAGAUUAGUUUUCUUUAUAGCCUUGUUAUACCUGUCCACAGGUACUGUUUUGCCCUUUAUCUGUAUGUCAGUCUGUCUACAGGUCAGUAAACAAUAAUUGGUUUCUUUUCAAUGAUUAGAUGAUUAAAGAAUGCUUGAUUUCACAAUGGUAAACUUCUUAGGAUGACUGCACGAUUUCCUGUGGUCAGCUAAUGACUACGAUUGUUUUGGUGGUCAGAUGUCAAGGUCACAGUGACCUUGCGACUUAAAAGAUUUCUUCUCAAUAACUAAAGAAUGCUUUGGAAUAUAAUUGUCAAACUUUGUAGCAUGAUUGCCUAGGAUCUGUUGAUGACUCCUAUUGUUUUGCGAGCCAAAGGUCAAGUUCACACUGACCUUGAAAAUGAAAACAGUUCCCACUCAGUAACUAAAGAAAACUGGCCUACAGUCAUCAAACUUCAUAGGAUGAUUGCCUGUGGUCAGUAGAUGACCCGCAAUAUUUUGGGACUAGUUGGAUAAAGGUCAAGGUCAUUGACCUUGUGACUGAAACCAUUUCCACCUGAUAAGUAAAGAACACUUUGGCCUGCAAUUGUAAAACUUCAUAGGAUGAUUGCCUUUGGUCAGUAGACAACUCCUAUCAUUUUGGGAGUCAAAAGAUCCAAGGUCAGAUUAAUCUUGCCAAAGUAACAAUUUCUCAUUAACAAUUAAAUGACAUCUAAUACUUUUUAAGUUGCUAUUCAAAGAAUAAGUAGAGGUAUUGGACUUGCCCAUGCGUUGGCGUCUGCAUCCCGAUUCGGUUAAGUUUUUGUAUGUAAACUGGUAUCUCAGGAACCACUUGUGGGAAUGGAUUGAAACUUGACACACUUGUUUACUGUGAUAAACUGACUUACUCUGCAUAGGUUCCAUAACUCUAUUUUGCUUUUUUACAAAAUUAUGCCCCUUUUUCCUCUUAAAUAGUACAGAAUCCUAGAACAGUGGUUCAGUUAACUAGUCCUAAGUAAAUUACUGAAAUACAUAUACUGUAAAACUAUGACCCAAGACAAAGCAAAGAUAGCAACUGGGAAAAUGAUGGAAUUUACUACCCGGUAAAUAAAAACUGAACAUUGGGAUUGAAAACUAAAUUUCUUUAAUAGUAGGGAUGGGAACGAAUACUGAAAUCAAUAUUCGAAUAUUCGGUUUGCCAUAUUCGAAUAUUCGGUUAGUUUUAAAGGAAGCUUUAAAUUCUUAUUAAGUGAUUGGCAUAUACACAACGUAUUCAUUUGUUUAAAGUGUGGCUCAUCGUAAAUAAGGCCAAAAAAAUGUUUGUUUCGGGUAACCCGAUCCUACAUAGCGAAACCCGCUGAUCCUAGCGUUUUAUUUCACGAUUCUGUCAGUAUAAUCAUGAACAUAUUUAACUAAUUCAGUGUUUUAGCUUCAAAAUGAUACAAAAAAUCAAAACGAUUAUAAUUUAGACCAUUUAUUAAUUUAAUAGUAACAAAGACAAUCACUGACAGCUUGCAGUUGGACUUGUUAUCUCGAAAAUUUACAGCUGUCUCAAAGACAUUUCAAGUCGCCGGCCAAAAACGUGCACAAAAUUGUCAUUUUAAGUCGAAUUUUGGUUGUGUCAAAGUAAAACGUUCAAUCCCUUGAAGUUCUAAAUAUAGAGGUCUAAAUGUAUUUUCAAUACUGUACAGUCUAAUGCUGUAUUUUCAAUACUGUACAGUCUAAUGCUGUAUUUUUAUGCCCCCGAAGGGAGGCAUAUAGUUUUUGAACCGUCUGUCAGUCGGUCUGUCAGUCUGUCCGCAAUUUUCGUGUCCGGUCCAUAUCUUUGUCAUCGAUGGAUGGAUUUUCAAAUAACUUGGCAUGAAUGUGUACCACAGUAAGACGACGUGUCGCGCGCAAGACCAAGGUCCGUAGCUCAAAGGUCAAGGUCACACUUAGACAUUAAAGGAUAGUGCAUUGAUGGGCGUGUCCGGUCCAUAUCUUUGUCAUCAAUGGAUGGAUUUUCAAAUAACUUGGCAUGAAUGUGUACCACAGUAAGACGACGUGUCGCAUGCAAGACCCAGGUCUGUAGCUCAAAGGUCAAGGUCACACUUAGACGUUAAAGGAUAGUGCAUUGAUGGGCGUGUCCGGUCCAUAUCUUUGUCAUCGAUGGAUGGAUUUUCAAAUAACUUGGCAUGAAUGUGUACCACAGUAAGAUGACGUGUCGUGCGCAAGACCCAGGUCUGUAGCUCAAAGGUCAAGGUCACACUUAGAUGUUAAAGGAUAGUGCAUUGAUGGGCGUGUCCGGUCCAUAUCUUUGUCAUCCAUGGAUGGAUUUUUAAAUAACUUGGCAUGAAUGUGUACCACAGUAAGACAAAGUGUCGCGCGCAAGACCCAGGUCCGUAACCCAAAGGUCAAGGUCACACUUAGACGUUAAAGGUCAUUUUUCAUGAUAGUGCAUUGAUGGGCGUGUCCUGUCCGUAUCUUUGUCAUUCAUACAUGGAUUUUAAAAUAACUACGCAUGAAUGUGUGACACAGUAAGAUGACGUGUCGCGUGCAAGACCCAGCUCCGUAGGUCAAAGGUCCUAAACUCUAACAUCGGCCAUAACUAUUCAUUCAAAGUGCCAUCGGGGGCAUGUGUCAUCCUAUGGAGACAGCUCUUGUUGUUGAAUGUUUUGAAAGGGUAAUUACCCUUUCCAUAUAUUUAUUGAAAAGAUUUGUUAAUGAAAUUGAAUAAAGAAGAAAAUCUGAAAA